AUGAAUCGCCCGGAACAAUUCACCAAGAUUGAUUUGACUCCAAAGCGGCAUCAUGGGUAUGCUGUGCUAUUGUUCAUCUUUGGGACGUUCUUCCCACCACUCGCCGUCGCAGCCAGGUUUGGAAUUGGAGGGGAUUUCUGGCUCAACCUCUUGUUGACUAUCCUGGGAUACUUCCCUGGGCAUGGUCACAACUUUUACAUUCAGAACAUUCGUAAUAACAAGAACCACCGUCGGACGCCGAAAUGGGCCCAAAAAUAUGGUCUCAUUGACGACACGGAGAUUAAACGCAGGCAGAAACGUAGCCAAUGGGCACACAGGUAUAACGAGCGCUUGCCUCAAUCGACGUUGGAGGGUCAAGAGUAUGAGGAGGGGCAGAAUCCGACCGAGACCCCACGGGAAGAGCAGAGUGAUCCAUUCAGGCGUCCUGGUGAAGGUGCUUUGUGGGGGGAGGAAGAUGAGAAUUACUAUGGCCGUAGACCUCGCGCCAAUUCGACGCAGUCUGGAUCCCAAACGAGCCUUAGCAAUCGCAGUACUCGACGCUGGCAAUAUCCCGCUAAUUUCGACGAAGCGAAUGAAGUUGGGGGCCUCGACGAUGGCCGAAAGAGCAAAAAGAAGAAAGGCUCCAGUAAACGCAAGGACAAGAAGGAUCGCUGGGGGCGAACUGCCGAUGCUCAUGCAGGCCUGGGCUAUGAGGACGUCGACGGAGGAUCUAAGAAGAAAAAGAAGAAGAGGUCCAAGACUACCGACGACUCUAUGUUUAGCAACAGGCGCAGCGAAACUAGCCUAUCUCGCCGAUUGAGCUCUACAUCCGAGUUCGAAGGCCCAGAGGAUGCUGUUGGAGGACUAUACGGAGAGCGGACUGCUCUCCGGAAUGCCCCCGAACCCCGCCGCGAUAGCGCGGAUCCUUUGGAACAUCAAUUCUGA